UCUUGCAUUUGUUUAAGAAGUUUGUCCCAUUAUAUGCAGCCUUAUACCUCUAGCUCCUUAUUAUCGACGUGUGUGCUUGCAAGUAGGCGGAAUUAAUGCAAAAUUGAGGAGAAUAGAGCGUUAGAAGCGAGAGAAGGAGGAACAUACGGGGAUAAAUAGGCAUCAGUGGUACGGGCGAGUGCAUAUUUGUGUGAUUGAAUUUUCCCAGCAAGAGGAGAGGAGGGCGCCAUCAUUGCAGCUGCUGCUGCAUAACAAUGUUGACACCAUCAUUGUACACCUAGACCUUGUUAGGUGCACAGAUGACUCUCCCCAACGGUGACAGUAACUCAGUGGCUGGUGACUCUGGGGAUGACUUGGAUGAUACUUCAAGUGUAGGAAGUGGUUCUAAUGCAGAUACCUCUCGCAGUGGUACACCAACACUACGAAGGAAAGGACGUAACAAACGCAGACGCAAGAAGACCCCUGCACCCGUCAAAAUGGGAUAUAAAUUUGUAUGUUACUUAAAAGAAGAUCAUGGCCAGCCCAUAUUUGGGGUACAGUUUAAUCAGCACCUACGUGAUGGUCAACCACUAGUGUUUGCAACUGCUGGCAAUAAUCGCGUCUCUGUUUAUCAAUGUAUGGAUGAUGGUUCGAUUAAAAUUCUUCAGUGCUAUAGUGAUCCUGAUCCGGAAGAAAACUUCUACACGGUAGCAUGGAGCUAUGACACAGAAACAGGUCGGCCAAUUCUUGCUGCUGCUGGAUCACGGGGUGUUAUACGGAUUUUUUCCCUUGCCACAAUGCAAUGUGUUAAGCAUUUUAUAGGUCAUGGAAAUGCUAUUAAUGAAUUGAAGUUUCACCCACGUGACCCCAACCUGUUAUUAUCAGUUAGCAAGGAUCAUGCUUUAAGAAUGUGGAACAUUCGUACUGACAUCUUGGUAGCCACGUUUGGUGGGGUUGAAGCACAUAGAGAUGAAGUAUUAAGCACCGAUAUUGAUGUGGAAGGUACAUGCAUUGUAUCUUGUGGAAUGGACCAUUCCUUAAAGAUUUGGAAGCUGACCACUGAUAUAAUGCUUUCUACCAUCAACCAAUCAUACACCUUCAAUCCUAGUCGUGCAGUUAGACCAUUCCCUACUGUGCAGCAAAAUUUUCCUGACUUCUCAACCCGAGAUAUUCACAGGAAUUAUGUGGAUUGCGUACGUUGGCUUGGAAGAUUUAUCCUUUCUAAGAGUUGUGAAAAUACUAUUGUUUGCUGGAAGCCUGGGCUUCUUAAUCAGACAGAACUGAAGCACAACGAUACUAAUGUCACAAUUAUUCACAAGUUUGAUUAUAAGGAAUGUGAAAUCUGGUUCAUGAGAUUUUCCUUGGACUACUGGCAAAAGGUUUUGGCAGUUGGUAACCAACAAGGUCGCACAUACGUUUGGGAUCUGGACAUUUCUGAUCCAGCCCAAGCACGCUGUUCAACUCUUACUCAUCCAAAAUGUGUUGCGCCUAUUAGACAAACUGCCUUUUCACGAAAGGGAAACAUUUUGAUCACAGUCUGUGAUGAUGCUACAAUCUGGCGUUGGGAUAGAGUGGCACAGCAAUAAAAGGUAUAGAUACACAUGUAUACAAUGUACAUACACAUGCAUAUUCAUUAGAUCAUUGGGUUAUUCGACUAUUUUAACUUCAUCCAGCGGUCUUGUCGACAUUUUGAAAUGUUACAUAUUCUGGCGAUUACAGAAAAAUUGCUACCUCAGCCCAGUAGUCAGCCACAUGUGGUUUAACAAAGAGGCUAGUGUUCAAAGACAUUGGAGAGUAUCCUAGGCCAAUGAAAAUAAAUAUUUUUACAUUAGUCAUUGCCCUGAAUAGAGCACUAUUUUUUUUUUUCCCAAUUAUACAUCAUUUAAUUUGUAUAUUUAUUUUUAACACACUGGCUAUUUCCCACCAAGGUAAGGUGAUCCAUUCAUUAAAUAACUGGUUUCAUAGGAGGUGCACAGACAUUACACUUCAGAUGACUCCAAAUGUCAGCAUCCCUACCCUCUUCUUUAGAGUGCUGGCAAUGUACUUCCAUGUCCAGGACUCAGUCUACCUUGUUUCCCUUUAAUCACUUCAUAAACAUUACAGUGGACCCCCACCUUACAAUAUUAAUCCAUUCCUGAGAGCUCAGUGUAAGCCGAAAUUAUCGUAAGGCGAAUUAAUUUUCCCCGUAAGAAAUAAUGGAAAUCAAAUUAAUCCGUGCAAGACACCCCAAAGUAUAAAAAAAAAAAAAAAUUUUACCGCAUGAAAUAUUAAUUUUAAUAUACACAAACUGAAGAAGACAUGCACAAUUACUACUCUACUAAGAAUAGAAUACAUGACACUUACCUUUAUUGAAGAUCUGAUGAUGAUUGAUGGGAUGGGAGGAGGGAAGAGUAUGGAAGUUAUUGUUUAAAGGGGAAUCCCCUUCCAUUAGGAUUUGAGGUAGCAAGUCCUUUUCCGGGCUUACUUCCCUUCUUCUUUUAAUGCCAUUAGGACCAGCUUGAGGGUCACUGGACCUCUGUCGCACAACAAAUCUGUCCAUAGAGCUCUGUACCUCCCGUUCCUUUAAGAUUUGCCUAAAAUGGGCCACAACAUUGUCAUUGUAAUAGUCACCAGCACAGCUUGCAAUAGCUGUGUUAGGGUGCUUUUCAUUCAUAAAGGUUUGCAGCUCAACCCACUUUGCACACAUUUCCUUAACCCCUUGACUGUUGCAACCCCCAAUCCUGAGGUGUCUCCUGGUGUCGCAAAAUUUCAAAAUAAAAAAAAAAAAAUUUUCUUAUGAAAUGAUAGAGAAUCUUUUCCCGAUUGUAAUGACACCAAAAAAAAAACAAAAUUUGAUGGAAAACUGAUGGAAUUACGCUCUCGCAAAGUUAGCGACCUCGGCGAUAUUUACAAAUCGGCGAUUUCGCCCACUUUGGGCUAAUUCCAUUGUUCCAGUCGACCAAACUCAUAGCUAUUUCUUUAGAACUCAGUUUUUUCUAUCGAUUGAGUACAAGAAACUGCCCAUUUACCAAUUUCAACUACCCAAUAACAUGGUCAGAAAUUUGCAAUGUGACCAAUUUCACGAAAAUUAAAAAAUAUGACAAUUUCAAAAUAGGGUCCAGAAUGAACAAUGCAGACAUUCCUGGCUCUAAAAUAACAUUUUCUCUGUUCAUCAGUCACGUCUCCAGGCCCCUCUGAUAUUACUCUUGCUUUCUAUUUUGAAUUUUUAUUCAAACAAGAAAAUUGGAAAUUUACUGUUAUGCAGACUACUGCAAUACUGUAAUAAUUGUAUAAAUAACAUCAACCCAUUCAUGACUGCAUAUUAGAAUGGCUAGUUGGACAUUUAUUGGACAAUGACAUCAUUUGUUUACUUUUGAACAUCUGUAAAAAUCAAACAUUUCCCCUACUUUGAGUUCCAUUUCCAGGUUCUUUUUAUAGUAAAAUCAAUCAAAAUCACCUCUAUUUCUAUAAUAUGUUUUCCAUUCUGUCAAACGAGACCAAGAAAACGAGAAUACAACCAUAAAUGCUAUAUGAAAAUAGACCACAAAGUUGGCACUGCCUGCUCCAGGAUUUUUUUUUAUGGUGCACACUAACCACACAGACCCAUUCUCUCACAUGUGGGCCUACCAGCUUUCUCCUGCUUGAUUUGAAGCUGCUAGAAUUUGAGUAUAUGUACGUCAAACACGGUACCUCGUAAGACGUAUAUAUACGACCGAAAAAGUCAAAGGGUUAAUCUUUGAAGUAGGCACCAUGGAUUCCACAACUGGCAUAGGCUUCAGUUUUAGCCUCAAACCCUUCAAAAUCUUUCUUAAUUUCCAUGCUAAUUCUCACCCUUUUUACCACAGGGUUGGCACUAGAAGCUUUCUUGGGGCCCAUGGUGACUUAUUUUGCAGUUACAAGCACAAAAAACACUGGGAUAAGGUGAAAUGUACCGAAUGUGUGCGUGGAUAUGACCGCACUGGCUGGCUUGUAAACACUGGCGCUGAGGCCACACGUGGGAUGCGUCCUGGACGAAUCGCGCGAGGCGAGGCAAAAUUUUUGCGUUCAAAUGUAUCGUAUGGCGAAUUUAACGUAACGCGAUGCCAUCGUAAGGCGGGGGUCCACUGUACUUUGCUUACAUUCUAACAGUACAUCAAGUCAUAAAAACAACUUUUCUCCACAUAAUCCAGUCUUAACAUUGUCACACGAGACUCUUAGAUUCUUAAGCUCCCAGGACUCAAAACUCUUUAUCCCCUCCCCCCUCCACUCAUUCUUGAGACAUUGCCUGCCUACACCUUCUUCCUUCCAUCCCAGAUUCAUACACCCUCUGAUUCAUCCUAUUCUGCUCUUUACCCUUUAAAUAUCUUCCUCACUUCACCAGUCUUUCUUCAGUCUUUCGAAUUACCGCAUUUGUCUUUUUUUUUUUCUUCACGGUGUCUGCAUUGUAUACCAUUUGUCUCCACUCUCUGGAAAGGCAUAGAGUUAGGGGUAGAUAUGAUUGAAGACUAUAUAUGGAAGACAGGAAUAAGUGAAAGGGAUAUACAUAAUGUGCUGAAAAUAUCUAAGACAGGACUCAGCAGUUGGCUUCAGUUAAAAAUAUGUAGAUUUAGAAAGGAUGCAAGAAAGCAUUGGUUUGGUAAUGGAGUUGCAAAUGAGUGGAAGAAACUACCGAGUAGCAUCAUUGGGUAGCUUUAACCCUUAAACUGUCCAAACAUAAUUUACUUUUUUUUUUACAUUUGAAAGCAUGUAAAAUAAAACGUAGAUCUAUGUUCGGAGCACUACACACGUGAACGUAGAUCUGCGUUUGGACAGUUUAAGGGUUAAAAACAGAUUAGACAAGUAUAUAAGUGUAUGUGAGUUGAACCUGCCUAACAUGGGUCAAUAUGCCUGUUGCAGCACUCUUCCUUAUGUUCUAACCUCAGUCAAUCUUCUAAAUUUUACUUUCUGAAUUCUCUACAUAAUAUUCCCACUAAUCAUUGUUCUCAAACAUAACAUCUCCACUGCCUUAAGCCUCCAUGCAGCAAAGUUUAAAAUCCAUUCCUUACACCCAUGUAAGUGUUGGUGCUACUUGUUAACUUACUUUAAGACUAUAAAUAUUUUAAGGUAAGUAAUAAAUGUACUGUAUGUGCAUUUUACUUUUUUAUUGUUUUUUUAUGCCUGGUUCUAUUGCUAACUUAAUAUAUGACACUAUAAACAUGUUAUCAGACAUUUAUAUGCAUUUAAAAGUGAAAAAAGGGUGAUUUGCUUUAUGGCGGUAGCCUGGAACCUGACCUGCUGUAUAAGUAGGGUCCUCCUGUACUUGUAUUUUCCUACAUAGAUGACUUAAAACUAAUUUCAGAAUUUGCAUUCACAUAAAUGUAAUAUUAGAAACAUAACUUAUCUAUGGAGGCAAUAGGGUAAUGUACCAGAUUAUACUAGUACCAUCUCUUAUAUAUAUGGGUGUAAGGUAUGGGUUUUAAACAUUGCUGUUAGGAAGAGGCUAGAGGUAGUGAUGUCAAAUUUCAGGGCAAUGUGUGGUGUGAAUAUUAUGCAAAUAAUUUGGAGUAUAAAAGUUAGAAGAUGGUGUGGGUUUACCAAAGGUAUAAUUCAUAGGGCUGAGAAGGGGUUCUUGAGAUGGUUUGGGCAUCUAGAGAUGGUAUAGCAUGAUUGAAGUAAUAGGGUGUAAGGAAGGAUAGAAGUCAUCCUAGGAAAGGUUUAAGGAAAUGGUUUAAGGUUUUGAGUUCUAGGGGUUUGAGCAUCCAGUAGGCUUAUGUGAUCAUGUUAGAACAGUGUGUGGACAAGCAGUUUUUCAUGGUUUGAUGUGCUAUUGGAGUGUGAACAAGAUAACGUUUAUGUAAGGGUGAAGGGAAGCUGGUUAGCCAGACUUAAGUCAUAGAGGUGAGAAACACAGCAUCUGCACUCUGAGAGGUGGGAAUGUUGCAAUUUGGAGGAUUGUUUGAAUUGUGAUAUCAGUGCACUUCUGGCAAGGCAGCUAUUAAAUGAAUGAUGGCGACUUUACUUUUUUUUUCUGAUCACCCUAGUUUGGUGGAUGACCAACACUGUUAAUAAAUGUAAGAAGUAUUUGCCUUGCAAUACCAUUUAAAAUAAAAAUUACUGCAAUGUGCUGCCAGCCUUCCCUCUAGUGAAUUUAGAACCUUCAUUGUGCAUAAGUCUAAUUUGUGUAUAAUAAACUAGAAGUAAAACCUAUAAGUAAAUAUAUAUUUUACACCUCGCAGUAAUGUGCCAUCCAACAUUGUUGAAAUUAACCAGAUAACCUCGCCCACUAAAGUUAUAAACAUUUUCUGAUCUAAAUUUUGUUACACAAGACUUAUUUUAAGGUGGAAUGCAGGCAGCCUUGUGGAGUGGUUUGUUGUAAUUUUUUUAUGUAUAUUUAUGAGCCACCCUAAUAUUUAAACAUACGUACAUUCUUAUACAUACAUACAUAUAUUCUUAUGGAUGCAUACAAUCUUAUACAUGAAUACAUUCUUAUACAUAUAGUAUAAACUUCUUACCAUACUAUUUUGGUAUGAUAAAUUAUUUGUAUAUACAUCGUUUUUCUCUGAUGUAUAUGCGUACUUUAAUGCGUAUGAAGCAACUGAUGUACAAAUUAUUUUAAUUUAGUUGUUACCUUGUACAGUAUGUGGAAGUUAUUAACAUAAUUAAUUGAAACCUGUUGUAAUUUUGUUACAUUUGUACUGAUAGAAAAUUCAUUAAUAAAGUAGUUUUUGUAA